GCCGAGGUCAGCUGAUUUCGGGUUUAUAUUUAGGGCCCGGGCCAACGCUUGCGUAGAUUUGUGCUAGACUCUGAACUGAGCGUACCUCAACAGAAGAGCCGGAGUUUUCCCGCCGAGGAACCACGUUGUUUUGUGCUCCGUUCAGGAGUGUCUUUGUUCUUGUUGGUAGUUUAACAUAUUUGAAGCGCCAUGCCGCAAGUGGACAUUGCUGGGAGUGCUGGAAAGGCUGUUGUCAAGGUUGUCCACCGCUGCACCGAUGCGACUGAAAACAGCAACCUAGACCUGUCUGAAUGCCAGUUGAUGUCCGUUCCUGAUGCUGUAUACCAUCUGAUGAGAAACACCGUGGUACGUGCCUGUGAUCUCUCCAGCAACGUGCUGCGCAAGAUCCCGCCUAAGCUUCCGCUCAAGUUCUCAUACAUCACAGAGCUGAACCUUGCCCACAACCGCCUAAGUUCUCUGCCCGAGGAACUCAAGGAACUGCCGGAACUGCGAAAGCUGGACAUCUCGUACAACGACUACAUGUCCAUGCCCUGGGUCAUCUUCCGCCUGUCCAAGCUGAUGUUCCUCGACGCAAGAAGAAACUACAUAUCAGAUGUGGAAGCUCCCCGGUUGCGAUCUGUACAAUCGCUACGUGAGGUUCACCUUGAAGAGAACCCGCUGAACGAAGACGUUUGCAAAGAACUUGAAUCCCUCUCUUCCAACCACCUUGUCGUUCACGUCAGUCCUCCCACUUCGUCGGAUUCCGACGACGAAUCGUCGGAUGAGUGAAGUGAACAGCCUCUCAAAGUUGCAAACGGGUGUUCAGGACGUAAUACGCUGAACCUCUCCUGGUUCAUGAUGUGAUAGCUGUUCCAGUGUGCGAGUGCCGUGAUUGGAUUCCGAGUGCCGAAGGACGAUCGUAUAUUGCUGAUGAAGACACCGUUCACACGAGAACUAUGAGAACGAGAGUUUACCCGGAUGAAAAAAGACGGUGCCGCCGCAUAUGUGAUCUGGCGGACAGAAUCGCAGACACUGUCUGCUGCGCAGGCAGCGGAAUGCGCGUCGUCGCAUUUUCUGGCACCUGCUUGCUGCGACAGUGGACUGUGAGACUCUCCAGCGGGUGCAUUUGACAGUGCAUGACAGGACAUACAUUUCAUUGAAGCAGGAGCCCCAGGUCGGGGGCCGCGCCGAUAUUUCGUACAACGUGACAACAUGAGCCUGUCCUUCUGGUAUAUAGAAGAAGCAGUAGAACAACAGUACAUGUUCUAAAUAGCAGUGGCUCCCGAUCCGAGGCUCCUGCUUCAAACUUGCUUUUACCGGAUCGCUGGAUUUUCUACUAUUCAAGGACAUAUAUAUGUUUGUUGCCCUAGACCUGCUCCACACAGAAAAAAAGCAAAGAAGAAGAAAAAGAAAACAGACUAUGCUUGUCACCGUUGUAGUCAAGUCCAAAUGCACAGGCACAUAAUUCGUAACUAUAAAAAGAAAAAAAUAUCAAAGGGCCAACAGACCAUUCAACGCUCUACUUCUAUUCGUUGCCAUAGGUAGUUCUCCUGCUGGAUGACAAUACACUCUAUUCGUUGCCACUCACAGGGAGCUAACUCUGCUAGAAAACGGUCCAAAGCGAGAUAUUGAAUCACGACCAAUGGGAACUCUAUUUGCUACAAGCUGCAGUAAACACUGCUUAUAACGACAACUAUUUUUUAGCUCGUUUUACUCGAAGUGUCACGCACUCCCGGCAGAAAUCUAUGCGCUUCAACCCAGAUUAAAGUAGAUGUACCGUCAGUCAACCCCGCUUGUAUAUAGUGUGAAGGAUGAGCCGGCGGUGCUCGCACAGUGUAUGCAGCUUACGUUUCUUUGAAACGAUAGCCUUAUAGGGUCAACCAACGUCGAUAGCCGCGUAGGUCCGUCCGUAACAAUUGUGGAGAGAAUUAUGGAAGAAGUUACAAUGAAAUCGAAACACGUGCCCGUGCCCGAAUGGUCAGGAUCGGUAUACAUGGCUAUGUAAAGCUGCCACAUUUUAACGCAUUUGACAGAAUGGCCAAAGAUGCCAUUAAAAUUUUAAUUUAUGAAUUUAUUUUUAAUGUCCAAAUAAGAAGGUAACCGAGGUGCACGCCACCGAGGAUAGGUUGCUUCAAUAUUUUUUCAGCACUCCUGGGCACUGUUUCCACGCACUUCUGAGGCCACUGUCGGUGUUCCUGUGGCUCUUCGCCCUUUAUCUAAUUACCGUUUAAAUCGAAUUUUUUCCCGGUCUCUUUGACUUCGUUAUAACGUGGGUUUAGCUACUAGCCAGCGCGGGAUGGUUAUUAUAGCACAUGGGUAAGAAGACGUGCAAGACAAAACGUAACUGUGCUGCGUGGAGCCGUCCCGAGGUGAAUUCACCGUGCCCGGGGCGCCCCCCCCCCCCCUCCCCGCUACCACAAUUGAAACACGGCUCUGGUGUAGCAUAUUACGUCUUGUUGGUAUGCGGCCUAAUAUCAUUACGUUGGUUAACUUGUUGGGCAUUGUCCCGGGUAUUAAGAAUUCGGUAUAUGUACAUGUAUUGCAUUUACGUACGUCUUUCACGGCAGAGUGUACAGUGUAAAUAAUUUAUUUGUCGCGUUAAUCACUGUGUUGCUGUGUUUUAACUUUAACUUGUGAAUGUGCAAGCAUGCAAUGCGCAGCAGCCUGCGUAGUAGCCGUAGAAUGUAAUGCAUUAAGCGGAGUUCACUGUAGCCAUAUAGCUUCGGCUACAAGAUCUGUACGGGUACUGUGCAACUGAGUACUCUUUCUCUUCCAACGACGAACACGGCGGAAGUAUUGUACUGUGCCACCGCACGAAGUAGUUCUGCGUACAGCGCUGUUAAGUCCGCCAAGCAAAGUACCAACCAACCAGUAUAUACUGCUGACUGCAUAACAGCACGUCGCUUGUAUAGCACAAGACACUUCUGAUGGCGGUUUUCGGCCGUGUACAUCAUGCAAGGGAGAAUAUCGACUUGACAAGUUUAAGCGCAUAAACCCAAAGUACUACUUUAGGUAUACCACUUGCAAGUGUUGUAAAUUUACAUUUUGUACUCAACCUCGUGUAUUUGCGCUUCUUCAAAAUUUCUCAUUUCAAAUUACAUCUAUUAUUUUAUUGUGGAACUAAUUUCGUAAGACAUCGCUCUUUUUCAAAAUUGCGCUUGAGGUAUAGCUUGGGGCAAAAGCUAGUUCACGGAACACGGCACAGGUCUUCAUCGGAGAGGUCCCCUGCCAGCUGCCAUGGAAAAGAUCCAAUACGAAACGGGUGACUGGCUAUUCUAUCCAUCUCUCAGCAUGUGUAUCCGCUCAUGUGUGCUGCUAUGGGAUGUCAUUGCAAUGCAGCCAUGCGGCACCAUGGUGAUCCGUAAACGUUUGUCCCAAGAUGUACGGCUUUCAAGUUACUUCGCUAUUCAAUUUUUGCGUGCCCACGCAACAUGUGCAUAGGGGAACGGUAGCUUCUCAAGACGCCUUUUGGCACCAAAGCGACUAGCAGUGUAUAUAGCAGUGCUUGCGGUGAUGUGAUCAACUAACACAUGUUUCUGUUUGUGAGAGAAUAGUAUGUAUACAGCCUGGUUGGAAAAGGCACCACUUUUGUGUGUUUGACGAAGAGGUUAUGCGCAUCAAAAGCUUGAUGACAAACUGUGGUAUCUACGAAGUAGAGAAUGUGUACAUACACGCCUUUUGAAAAGUUCUAUAUGUGUACAUGACUGAUGCUCAAGAGUUGGCGUCUUCGCCGUUCGACUGCGGCAACACGUAUAGUUAUUUAUUGUUGUUAGCUCUUUCCUUUUUCCCAAUGCAAGUGGAUUAAAGAGCUUUCUUUCGCAA